AUGACGCUGCUGGCCUCCGAGAGGUCACUCCUCAUCCGGAACAAGUUCCGCUCAGUGCUGCAGUUGAGGAUUCAGAACCGAAAGCAGAGUGAAAUUAAUGCAGAAUCGGGUUUGAAAUCAUCAAGUUCACCCAAAAAAGAACAAAAAGACAAAAGUGAAGCUGCGCAUCUACCCGACAAUGGCGCCGGGAGACAUCACAAGACGCCCCCUAGUGGAGUCACAGCUGUAACUGUGCAAGAAAAGAGCGAGUGUGGGUCCUCAAGGCAGAAGAAGCCUCGUCGGGACCUCAAAGAGGGGAUCCAAGAUCUGCCUGUACACGUUGAGCACAAAGAUAAACCGCACCUUGAGAACUGUCCCGCCUCUUACUUGCCCCCCACAGAUGUCUUCGAAGACGACAUCUCCUCAUGUUCUUCGUCUUCCUCGCCGAGCGAGCGAAGAGUUGUUCCUCGACCGCCGGCGUCAGCAUUCCCUUCGCCGCCGGGCCUUCUCGAUGACCGAUUACUGAGCGACUUGUCGUCUUUGGGCCCGCCCCUCAACCACAGUCCACUUCAUGCUCAGUCCGGUUUGGCAUUGCUCCCGGCAACCGAGGGCACCCGACCGCCAGCGAACAUCCCGUUGAGUGAAAGCAACGCCAUGUCAAACACGAGUCGACCAAAUGGGAUCUUUCUGAUCUCCCAGACCACGCCCCUGCUGCCAAAGACAGCUCGGCCUCCUAGUCCCGCCUGUCCCUCUUCCGUGACGCCCGCUUUCAACCUAAACCACCUUGCUCGCUCCCGGAAACCGCGGGACACCAAACCCAAGAUGAAGAAACUCAAGUAUCACCAGUACAUUCCUCCCGACCAGAGAGGUGCAUCUGGGCCUGGAGGGGUGGGAGCUAAACAGAAGAGCCCUCUUAAUUCGCCACUAGACCCUGCAGAUUCUCAGCUACUCCAGCAGCAGCAGGUCUUUCUGCAGUUGCAAAUCCUUCACCAUCAAGAGCAGAAUUCAUCUGGAGCUCUGCCGCUGAACCCUCAACCGGUUCCUGCCGCCACCAAUCACGUGCCAAAGGACACAAACAAUGCGUGUAAACUUGAGCUGCUCCCUGCAAAUCUGGUUGAUCUCAAAGUGUCAGAGCUGAGGCAGCAGCUGCGUAAGCGAGGCCUCCCCGUCUCCGGCACUAAGCCUGCCCUGUUGCAGCGCCUUCGCCCCUUCCAGCUCCCCCCCUCGUGUGUUACUCCUGCGCCCCUCUGCCAGCUGGGGGGCAGCAUGGAGCUCUUGAAUGCCUCUCACCCUCUUCUGGCCCAUCACAGCUCCAGCCCAAGCUGCAGCUCUGGAGACUCACCUGGAAGCAGCCCGGACCAACAAACGUACAUCCAGGAUUACGGAGUCCCGAAUGGCAUUCUAAAUGUUGUACCGAACGGCCUCUCCAAUGGUCUUUCCGUCAGUCUGUCCGGAGAUCAGUGUGGUCCCAUCAACGCUGUAUUCCUGGCUCCUGCUUGUACUGCCUCUGGAACUCCAAGUCCCAGUUUACCCAUGUCGUCCUCGUCACCCUUGCAGUGCGGCACCCACUGGAGAACUGAGCUUGGCGCGGAAUUUGACAUGAAGGAGAGACCGACUUGUAGAGCAAGGGACAGCUCUGUCAACACCGUCCUUGAAUCUUGUGCAAGAUCUCUUCAUCCUUUCCUGCAACAGGAUCCAGGAUGCUCAAGGGGGAACCAAGAAACGGAACAAACAGAAAUGUUGUUUACGCAGGUGUUCUGCUCCCAGCCGUGCCCUAGCGACACGAUUGGCCAGGACUUUGAGUUGCCGGUGCAAAUAACUGCAAGCCCUGUCCAAAACUCACCUGGAAUUCGUAGUUUGGAGGAGGAGUUGCAGGAGGCCAUCCAGAAAGCACAGAUGGACCCUCGACAGUCGAUAGAUGACAUUCUUGAUGAUCCUGUUGCAUCUGCCGGCUCUCCUCACAAAUCCCCUAUCCCUUCAUCCCCUCCUCCUCCUCAAGUGGAUAUGUCCCAGAAAUCCCAGCAGCUCUCUGACAAUAGCAACUUUCUGCCUCUUUGCUCCUCACUUCUCCUGGAGCUUCCCCCGUCUCCCGCAGUGAUCCCUCCGAGUCAAGUCAUCCCGGUGCCAGCGCCUCCCCCCGUUUGCACCUCCCCACCUUUGCAGUCUCCCAGAAAGUCCCGAAAACGGCGAGCUCAGGCCACAUUUGAUGCGGCUGAAAUUCUGGAGACUUUGACGUCUGGCUUGCGACCGCUAACUCCGCCGGUGCCGCCAUUCGCUGAGGCCGACUUGGGUCUGGAUUCGGAUCUCAACAUCAAUCGAGUGUUGGAUCUGAUGAUAGAGCAGUGGUGA